AUGGGAAACGCCAACGGGGGAUUCAACUUUAAUUCUGAUGGAAAGAACGAUGAGAACAACAGUAAGCCUAAUAACAACAGCCAGCCAGUCACCUUUGGCAAGCGCAAGAGGAAGAUGCUCAGGCAGCUGGCUCCAGUUCGCAUCCCAUCAGUCAUGCCCGUGACCAAAUGCCGCUUGAGGCUGCUAAAGUUGGAGCGAAUAAAGGACUACCUGUUGCUCGAGGAAGAGUAUCUGACAAACAAGUCCCUUCACAAGCCAGUGAAGGCCAAGACACAAGAUGAUUUGAUAAAGUUGGACGAUAUUAGGGGCUCCCCAAUGAGUGUUGGCACUUUGGAGGAAAUAAUCGACGAGAAUCACGCGAUCGUCACCUCCUCCAUUGGCCCAGAGUACUAUGUCAAUAUUUUAUCCUUUGUAGACAAGGAGCUCCUGGAACCUGGAUGCUCUGUGCUAUUGCACAACAAGACAAACUCCAUUGUUGGUAUAUUGUUGGACGAUGUAGAUCCACUAAUCACGGUCAUGAAGGUAGAAAAGGCGCCUCUAGAGUCGUAUGACGACAUUGGAGGUCUAGAGGACCAAAUUCAGGAAAUUAAAGAGGCUGUUGAGCUUCCACUCACAAGGCCUGAAUUGUAUGAUGAUAUCGGAAUUAAGCCUCCCAAGGGUGUCAUUCUAUACGGACCGCCUGGAACUGGAAAGACCCUUUUGGCAAAGGCUGUUGCAAACGAGACAUCCGCAACAUUUUUGCGCGUUGUAGGAUCAGAGUUGAUCCAAAAGUACCUGGGAGAAGGACCAAAACUAGUCCGUGAAAUGUUCAAGGUUGCAGAGGAUAAUGCACCCUCCAUUAUUUUUAUUGAUGAAAUUGACGCCAUUGGAACAAAGAGAUACGACGCAACAAGCGGAGGUGAAAAGGAAAUUCAGCGUACUAUGCUUGAACUUUUGAACCAGCUUGAUGGUUUCGAUUCUCAGGCUGACGUCAAGGUCAUUAUGGCUACAAAUAAAAUUGAGUCUCUUGAUCCCGCUCUCAUUCGUCCCGGUCGUAUCGAUCGUAAAAUUCAACUUCCCAAUCCGGAUUCCAAGACCAAGAAGAAGAUUUUUGAGAUUCACACUGCGAAAAUGACAAUGAGCAAGGACGUGAAUUUGGACGAAUUUGUAAUGAACAAGGACGAUUUAAGUGGCGCUGAUAUCAAGGCCAUGUGCACCGAAGCUGGACUAAUUGCCCUGCGUGAGAGAAGGAUGCAAAUUACCCAGGAGGACCUCAAGAAUGCCAGGGAGAAGGUGCUAUAUCAAAAGAAGGGCAAUGUCCCCGAUGGGCUCUACAUGUAA